GUGAAGGCUCCCGGGGCGGUGUUCAAGUGCCGCAUUCACACCAACCCUGACCGCAGGUGCACGGAGCUGGACAUGGCUCGAGGGAGGAUUCGGGGCGCACCUUGUGGAAAGACCUGUCGGGAAGACAGAGACGAAGAGUGGAUGGGCGUGAGCCUGGCCCGGCAGCCCAAGGCAGACGGCUCUGUGCUGGCCUGCGCCCAUCGCUGGAAAAACAUCUAUUAUGAGGCCGACCACAUCCUGCCUCACGGGUUCUGCUACCUGAUCCCACCCAACCUGCAGGCCAAAGGCAGGGUGCUGAUCCCGUGCUACGAAGAAUACAAGAAGAAGUACGGGGAAGAGCAUGGCUCCUGCCAGGCGGGGAUCGCAGGCUUCUUCACCGAGGAGCUGGUGGUCAUGGGUGCUCCUGGGUCGUUUUAUUGGGCCGGGACAGUCAAAGUUCUGAAUGUCACGGACAACACCUAUUUUAAACUCAACGAUGAGACAAUCAUGAAUAGGCGGUACACAUACCUGGGCUACGCAGUGGCUGCCGGACACUUUUCUCACCCAUCCAUCACCGAUGUGGUGGGAGGAGCCCCACAGGAUGAAGGCAUCGGGAAGGUGUAUAUUUUUAGAGCUGACCGAAGAUCAGGCACCUUGGUCAAGAUUUUCCAGGCAUCUGGUAAAAAGAUGGGGUCGUACUUUGGGUCCUCACUGUGCGCAGUGGACCUGAACGGUGAUGGCCUCUCCGACCUGCUGGUGGGCGCCCCCAUGUUCUCUGAGAUCCGGGACGAGGGGCAGGUCACCGUGUACAUCAACCGAGGGAAUGCAGGCCUGGAGGAGCAGCUGGCCCUGGCCGGCGACCAUGCCUACAAUGCACACUUCGGGGAGAGCAUUGCCAGCCUGGGCGACCUGGAUGACGAUGGCUUCCCCGAUGUGGCCAUCGGCGCCCCCAAGGAGGACGACUUUGCCGGGGCCGUCUACAUCUACCACGGUGAUGCCAGAGGGCUGGUCCCCCAGUACUCCAUGAAACUGUCUGGGCGGAAGAUAGACCCCAUUCUGCGGAUGUUUGGGCAGUCCAUAUCAGGGGGCAUUGAUAUGGACGGAAAUGGAUAUCCUGAUGUCACUGUGGGAGCCUUCAUGUCGGACAGUGUGGUUCUCUUGAGAGCCAGGCCUGUCAUUACGGUGGAUGCCUCCAUCUUCCUCCCUGAGUCCAUCAACAUCACAGCCCCGCGGUGCCACGACGGCCAGCAGCCUGUCACCUGCCUGACUGUCACCACCUGCUUCCGCUUCCACGGCAGACGCGUUCCAGGGGAAAUCGAACUCAAUUACGUCCUGACCGCCGACGUGGUCCAAAAGGAAAAAGGCCAGCCACCCAGAGUCUACCUGGUUGUGUCCGGAGAGUCUGCUGGCCAGGUGGCAGAGACAUUGCAUCUGACCCAUGGGGAGGAGGACUGCCGGGACUACACAGCCCACGUCAAGCCUAGGGUGCGAGAUGUCAUCAGCCCCAUCGUGUUCGAGGCCACCUACAGCCUGGGAGCCCACAAGGCUGGGGAGGAGGAGGAGAGGGAGCUGCCGGCACUGACUCCUGUACUGCGCUGGAAGAAGGGGCAGAAGGUCGCCCAGAAGAACCAGACAGUCUUCGAGAGGAAUUGCCUGUCGGAGGACUGUGCGGCCGACCUGCAGCUCCGAGGCAAGCUGCUGCUCUCCAGUGUGGAUGAAACAACUCCAUAUCUAGCUCUAGGGGCAGUGAAGAAUAUCUCUGUCAACAUCUCCAUCUCCAACCUGGGGGACGACGCCUACGAUGCCAGCGUGUCCUUCAAUGUCUCCCGGGAGCUCUUCUUCAUCAACAUGUGGCAGACGGAAGCCACAGGCACUUCCUGCGAGCUCCUGGCAUCCGACUUUCUCAAGUGCAGUGUGGGAUUUCCGUUCAUGAGGUCUGCGUCCAAGUAUGAGUUCAGCAUGAUCUUUGACACUAGCCACCUGUCUGGGGACGAGGACAUACUCCGCUUCAUUGUGACUGCGCAGAGUGGGAAUGUGGAGCGCGCUGACGCCAUUCAUGACAACACACUCAUGCUGACAGUGCCGUUGCUGCACGAAGUGGACACCUCCAUGACAGGGAUCGUGUCUCCAUCUUCCUUUGUGUAUGGGGAGUCUGUGGACAAGUCCAACUUCGUGCAGCUGGAAGACCUGGACUGCCAUUUCCAGACCCUCAACAUCACCCUCCAGGUCUACAAUUCCGGCCCGAGCGCCCUCCCAGGCUCCUCCGUCAGCCUCUCUUUGCCCAACCGUCUGUCCUCCAUGGGGGCAGAGAUAUUUCAAGUCCAGGACGUGGUGGUGGCCCAGGAGAAGGGAAACUGCUCCUUCCAAAAGAACCCCACACCCUGCGUCGUCCCCCAGGAGCAAGGGAACAUCUUCCACACCGUCUUUGCUUUCUUCACCAAGUCUGGGAGGAAGGUGUUGGACUGUGGGAAGCCAGGGAUCUCUUGCCUGAAGAUCCACUGUGAUCUCAGCGCCCUGGGCAGAGAGGAAGGCCGCACCAUAGAGAUUCACACGCUGCUGAACACGGAAAUACUGAAGAAGGACAGCGCCUCUGUCAUCCAGUUCAUGGCCCGAGCUCGAGUGAAGGUGGAGCCGUCCUUACGGGUGGUGGAAGUGGCCCAUGGAAACCCGGAAGAAAUGACGGCCGUCUUCGAGGCUCUGCACAACAUGGAGCCUCGGGGCUACGUGGUGGGCUGGAUCAUCGCCAUCAGUUUACUGGCCGGCAUCCUCAUCUUCCUGCUGCUGGCCGUGCUGCUGUGGAAGUUGGGCUUCUUUCGCCGAAGGUACAAAGAAAUCAUCGAAGCGGAGAAGAACCGGAAAGAAAACGAAGACAGCUGGGACUGGGCGCAGAAGAACCAGUGACCUGCCUGCAGCCCUCCUGUCACGUGCCGGCCGGUCACAUGCCUGCGGCCCCUUCAUUUUGUGUAUCUUCCAUAUUUGGAAGAAAAGGAAAUCUUCUCCAGAUUUUUCGGAGGCCCCUCUGAUGCUAAUUUUGUUUUUCCCCCUUCUUCCUCCUCAUCUGCUCCCAUCCAGGUGCUGGCCUGAGAAAGCCACUUCCCCUCAAGUCACAGGACUGGCCACCACCUCCUCCACCACCACCACCUCCAUCUCCUUCUUCGUGAUGAACUUUCUUAGGAACGUGAGUGUUAAGAAAGAGGCAAGCGAUAUUUAUGAAGAAAACCUGCAUGGUGAACCCUCGGGAAAACGGUUAACCUACAAGUAUUUUUUUUAUAUAUGUGUAUAUAUGUAUAUAUAUACGUAUAUAUACAUAUAUAUGUGUAAGGUUUUUUCUAUAGAUAUAUAUAUAUAUAUAUAUUAUGUGUCUAUAUUUGUACCGAUGUUUUCUGAGUUCUGUUGAGUAGUUAGUUAUGACUUCACUCAAGCACUGAAACCCCUCACCUGGAAGUCUGAGAAUGACCCGGUGGGAUCCGUAUGCAAAUUUUUUUAGCAAUAAGAAUAUUGUACAUGGAAAACUUGCCGUUAACAAGCAAACGAACAACAACAAAGACUGGCAGCCGGACGCUGGUGGCUCACCUCUGUCACCCCAGGAGGCUCAGCUCUGAGGA